CCUUUAUCAUCUACACAUUGAUCUUCUCUAUGAAGAGCCGGGAGAAGGCAGAGGAGCGUUAAUGUGCUUUCCAGGCCAAGGGUGGCGGUAAUGAACUUCAACGGUGAAGGAGUGCACCCAAGGCGAAGAGUCGCUCUUUCACACCGCCGGCCGUUUCACUCCGCUUCUUCCAAGUUUUAAGGGCUGCCAUGGCUUCACGAGCCGGACCAAGAGCUGCCGGGACAGACGGGAGUGACUUUCAGCACCGGGAACGUGUGGCUUCACACUAUCAGAUGAGCGUGGCCUUGAAGUCAGAGAUCAGGAAGCUGAACCUGGUCCAUGCUGUGGUGUGGGGGCUGGUGGUGGCCCAGGUGCUGGUCAGCCAGCUGAACCUGGUCUCCCACAGAGUGGUUGCCAGCCCAUACCAGUGGGAGUACCCUUAUCUCCUCAGCAUCAUCCCCACAGCGAUCAGCUUCAUGGCGCUGCCGCGAAACAACAUUAGCUACCUGGUUAUCUCCAUGAUCAGCGCAGGGCUCUUCUGUGUGGCACCCAUCAUUUACGGUGGUAUGGAAAUGUUCCCUGUGGCUCAGCAGCUCUACCGCCAUGGCAAGGCUUACCGCUUCAUCUUCGGCUUCUCUGCCGUGUCCGUCCUCUACCUGCUGAUGGUCGUGGCUGUACAGGUGCACGGCUGGCAGAUCUAUUACAGCAAGAAGCUGCUGGACACCUGGUUCACCACCACACAGGACAAGAAAAAGAAAUAAAGGUGUCCAAGAACAAUCUCACCAUGUUGGGGAUUGUGCUUUGUUUGCCUGUCGUCACAAAAUCCCUUUUCUGAACGUUUGUCCUGUGCUUAAGAGGAGGUAAAGCAGGAUGCCCUGAUCUUACUACACUGAGCUCCGCCGGUUUUACCCCACUGUCCCGUCUGUUGGCCUUAAGCCCAGAUUAGGUCUUCAUGGGACUUUAACCUCGAGGACUAAAGCUGCAUCAGGAACAUCUCAGGGAGCAUCAACAGUAACUGUGCAGCACUGUACUGAAGCUCAUGUUCCUUUACUGCGCUUUUUGGUAAACCUGCAGUUGUUGAGCCUCUGCUGUUCCUGAUGUGAUGGCAUUACCGUUCUUCCUCCCAGUUUCAUCUGCUCUACUUCCCAGUUCCGUGUGGAACCCCCCCAGUGUUCUUGUUGACAAUUGAGGCAGCACUGGAGAAAAUAUUCUGGAUAUUUAAGGGCAAAAUAAAGAAUAUUUUUAACUUAAGAAAACA